CUUCCUCUCCAUUGACUACUUCCGGUACUGACUGCGCUCUCAAAGUCGAGCUGAGAGAUCUCUCCUCGCUGAAACUCUUUCUGUCUCCAGAUACACUCAUCCUUCCUCGACUCUAUCCCUUCCCUUGUGUCUCCUGUUUUCUUGUGUACGUGCCUUGCCGGUGCUCUCUGCCCCAGGUACUUCACUGGCACCUAGUCGUCCUCUGCCGUGUUUUCUUCGCCUGCGGCUCUGUCACGUCUCCCUUUCCCUCGCCCGCGUCGAAACUUGGGACACAACACCCCUUGCAUCCACCGGCCUUCUGGAAUUAUCACGUUUUCGAGAAAGACGCUCCUCACAUCCUGACGAUCACUGCCACUGAUGGUCAACCCGCCAUGAGGAAGUUCCGUUCCAUCUGCCACCAGAACGGUUGGGCUGCAUCGCCUUCGAGGCCCACGGCCAACCAAGCAUGAUGGAACACAGUCAAGAGCACGUUGCUACGCUGUGUGCCGUUGGCACGGUCGGCAUUGCAGCGGCAGGCCUGGCAUUGGGCACGAGCGAUGGAGAGUCCUACCUCAUCAAACCUGGCAAGAGGAAGGCUCCUGGCUCGAGUGCUGCAACGAGAUCUCCCGUCUCCCCCGAGCUCCCACUCAACACGCGUCCGAAGACAUCUCAACCUUCACAAACACCAUCUGCACUUUCGGGGAAAAUCGAACGCCGGCUUUCAACCUCGCUCCUCCGAAGAAGGACGCUCUACUCAAGUACGCCAUCUGCUACCGCUUCCGAAGGUAUAAGAGUCGAGUCUCGUGAGAGCUCUGUAAGCAGGCAUUCCAUAUUAAGGCCCUGGACGUCUGAUCGCGACUCGUCCACGGAACGAAGAGAAGGGACACCCGGUUCAUCGUGGUUGAGACGAAUCUCAAGCCUCUCCCGCGGCAGAAACAGCAGUCCCGCGUCAUCUUCUUCACGAUUGGACGAAUCUCCCCAUGCUUCACGACCUUCCUUCAAUGAUCUUGACCGACCUAACAAGCUGGUCAAACGUAACUCUUCUCGACGUAUCCUUCAUUCUGAACGUGAAACGCCUGCCUUACUCCGAAGACCGGCCACAAGCCACCAGAGGUCUGCCACUUUGUCCGGGCCACCAUAUACUCGACCAUUGACGACGGAAUCUGUUCUGGAGACGGAGGCCGCGCAGUAUGUAUCCCAAGCACCAUCCUGGAGACCAUUUUUCGAUUCGGGAUACGCAAGGAAGAGGCAUUCCUCGGCUGCACAGCGGGAAACUUACGUUCGCACUGUAUCCAAACCUCAAUACCCACCUACCCUCUUGAUGGGUACAUCUGUGACUCCUCGAGAAAUGCAUGACAUCCAUGAAAAUCGUCCAGAACCCUUUUCGGACCCUGUCGUGCCAACAGGGACCCGACGGCACAGAAUGCGUCGCCCUAUGGGUUCAAUCAGGCGGGGCCUCCCUCAACGACAUUUCACUGACCCGAUAGUCCGAGUCAGCAAAGAUGAAGCCUACGGUAGCAUUGUGCCACCAUCAGACUUCCCAGGCCUUUCUCCCAUGUCGAAUAUAUCUGAUUUUGACGUAGAGUUACCUAUUGGCACGCCACAGUUCACCUCGAGUCCCCCUUCAUAUGGUCCUCCGCAACACCGCUUUGCCGUGCAGAAGAGGAUGUCGGUGGCUCCCUCGGAUCCAACCACAGCAAGCUCUGACAAUGACACCCGAGUAUUUACGGACGAUGACUCGAUGGACUUCCACAGCGACACUGCUUACGAUUCGUUAGCUACACGAGCUACAGCGAGUAGUCAUUCUGGUUUCCGCCAGCCUAAGAUUGAGACGAUAUUUGACGAGAUGGCGGUGGAUCAACAGUCAAGCAAGGUUUCUGGCAUCGAAGAUUUGAUGCAGAAAGUUACGCUGGAUGACUUUGCUGCACAAUUAGGCUCUGCACGUGUGUCUCCAGGUGCGAACCUGGGCAUAGGCAUCCAGGGUCUCGAGGGCCCUGAGACAGCUAGAAACGGCAGCCCCAAUCAGGCAUCCACCCCGGUCAAGGAUCCCUUGGCUGACACGGACGACUUCGUUUCAACACCAGUACCUAGGAAGCUGAACCGGAUUGGCCCCAGCUUGGACUCGUCUCCUCCCUCAAUCAGCUCUUUUGGCCGUGCUCACAAUGCCGAGCCUAGACUUCCUCAAAUGAUGGACCUUGAUGAAGAGGACAUCGAUUGGUCACCCAAAUCCGACACUGACAAGCUUGAGGCUGGUGAUGUCGUUGCUCCGAAUCAGUUUCAGUUAGGCUUUGACCAAGUGCUUGAAAAUGACUGUGAUGAGCAACAAUCAACGAAACGAUCGUCGAUUUUCGACUGGUCGGAGCACCAAAAGAUUGGAAGCGACCAAUCUGAUGGGGUUAGUCCAAGACCGAAAACCGUCCAUGGCAAGAAUGGUAACAACAUAGGCCGUAGUCGAGCAUCUGGACGUAAGAGCAAUGCAGCCAUGCACCUACGAAGCCAAAGUGUGCCAGUCAAUCGCGACAACUUGACAGAGGCAGAUCUGCCAUCUUCUGCUUCCAAAUUCGGUACAUGGGCUCUCGGCACCAAACCUGUCAGCGAGGAAUGGAGUGACGACUUCGAAUUUGACGAUGUAGAGGAAAACGAGGAAGUCGUGGAGGAUCCCAUUGACGAACAAGCAAAGAAGCGAGAAUCUUUGCGUAGCAGCGUCCGCGUUCCUCAGUCAAUCAUGGAUCGUCAACAGAGCGUGCACAUUCAAUUCGGCCAGGUCAGGGAUUUUAUGCUCCUGGUGGAAGAAUUGAAGAGGCUACGUGUUAGGGGCACAAUGUUGGGUCUCGUCGACAGCCAUUCUCGACAAUUGUGGGAAGACGCCGUCAGCAUCAUCGAUCUCGCAACGGUCAACGAGGAUGAAGACGAUGUACCACGACCCUCCUCACCCGGAUCUUCAGACACGUUUGGUGAUGAAACGCCACCUCAAAAGCGUAUGCCAGAGGACGAAGCCGGAAGGUUUGAGCUCGGGCGCGCCGCUAAUCGCCGUUCGAUUUCAAGUCCUGCCACGCCCCCGUAUGGACGACCUCGUGGCGAAAGCCUCCAAACAAAGAACUUUUUACAAACCAUUUACCAAAGUCGGAACGGCAUCGAGUCAUCCCCGGUACCAGUGAGUCGGGAAAAGCUGCCAUUCGAUACUCAAGAUCUGAAAGAUCUCGUGGUAAGAGCUGGAGUCAUUACACGGGCACUCAAGGAGAUUAUUCGAAAGGCAGAAGGAGUAUCCCUCAGCCCUGAGAAACAGUCGGCCAAAUUCCAAGAUCCUGUAUUCCGCCAGAUCUUCAAUCCACCCGACUCGUCGCCCAGUCCGGGUUUCAAGAAGCCCGGGCUUCCGAAAAGUCGGAGUGCAAAUAGCUAUCUUGAUGGAGCUGGAAGCUCGGCGGACUGUGAGCUUUCAUCGCCUCUAAGCUUCUCAAAGGUUGUCGAGGCAAAUUGAGAGCUUCAUUACAUGGGCUUUUUUUUCUUUUUCUUGCGCAGGACUGUACAGUACGAUGGAACGGCGUUGAUGAACCCAAAAAAACCUCCUUGGAGGAGGAUCGAUUGAGAGCGAUGCAUUGGAAGGCGUCUCUCGAAUUUAGCAUUUUUUUCCCUUUUCUUGCGGUUUGGGCGGACGUUGGAAAAGAAUCAAAAAAGGGAAGAGAAAACGGGCCUCGUAAUACAUGGGAUGAUGGCAAUGAGGGGGGCUGUGGUAUGCAUGGCAUUUGCUGAUGGGUUUAUUUACGAUUCUCAUGGGGAAGUUUCGAAACUGGAAAGAAUCCAACGACUGGACAUUGAUCCAGUUUGCGAUCAAUUGUCGGGAAGAAUGAGUUGUCUUUCUACCCUCCUCCCUACACAUACGUGAUUCAAAGAUACGGGCCACGACACGCAAACAGAAGGCCGAACAACAAGCACAAAACAAAACGUUUUUAGCAUUGGGCCUGUCAGUGAUUUCAGGUCUAUCGAGUUGAUUGGCAUGCACUGCAUUGGAAUUGAUCGAUUAUUGCUUUUUUCUCCUCUGUGCUUUGAGAUGAUACACAUGCAGUAGGUAGUGGUGGAUACCGACUGCUCUCCUAGGUAGAUAGCGGGUAUCAUUUCAUUACACGAACAGCAUGAUAAGGUACCUACCUAUAUGAAGCUGACCUAGGAUUUCGAUAGAAGUUGUUGUUGGUUGGGUAAUGAUAG